AUGGCUGACAGGGAGAAUCCACAACUCUCACAGGAUGACCUCCUGGCUCGAAUCGCCGAGCUUCAGGCAGAAGUACGAAGGAUAGCCGAGCCAUCAACCCAGAACAAUGGAGAAAGCUCCAAAGGCUCGGCCCAAGGUACCACAGAUCCUUUAAACAUCACCCCGCCAAAAGAUAAGCUCACCCUCGACAACCCCUUCUCUGAGGAGAUCACAAACUACCAAAUGCCAAAAAACUUUACACUGCCUACUGCACUAGAACCAUAUAAGGGGUUCGGAGACCCCCGAGCCCAUGUGAAGAAGUUUCAAUCAAUGAUGUUCUUCAAUGGUCCUAACAAUGAGCCUGUCCUCUACCGAGCAUUCCCCACAUACCUUGAUGGUGCUGCAUUGCUCUGGUUUUCUAAACUUUCUGCAGGUUCAAUUUCCUCCUUUGAAGACCUAGCCAGGUCAUUCAUUGAUUAUUUUGCUGCAUCAAGGAUAUACGUACAUGGAUCAGAUUACCUCGGCACCAUCAAACAAGGCCAGCACGAGAGUUUGAAAGACUACAUGACCAGAUUCGCGGAUGCCACUAUGAAGAUCCAGGACUUGGACCCGGCCGUCCACCUACAUGCUCUAAAAGCCGGCCUCAGGCCUGGCAAAUUCCGGGAAACCAUUGCUAUAACAAAGCCUAAGACGCUAGAAGAAUUCCGGGAAAGGGCGGCAGGUCAAAUGGAGAUCGAAGAACUCCGCGAGGCCCAAAAGUCGGACAAACCACCACAUCGGCGAGAUGAGGAAAGAACUUUCAGAUCACCAAGUCGUAGAGACACUAAGAGGCCUUCCAAGCUCACACCAAAAUACAACACAUACCCUAGAUUCAAUACCAAGAGAGAAAACAUCAUCAGAGAGAUCCUCAAUGCCAAAAUCAUAAAACCACCAGCUCGAGCAGGGAGUUACCAGGACCAAAGGUUCGUUGAUAGGACGAAACAUUGUGCCUUCCACCAGAAGUUCGGCCACACCACGGACGACUGCAUCGUCGCAAAGGACCUCCUAGAAAGGCUGGCAUGCCAAGGACUCUUGGACAAAUAUGUCGAGAGCCGGAAGAGCAGAAAAGGAAAUUCGGACAGGGAAGAGAACGAACAAGCAACGGCGGACAACAACAAAAAAGAAUGGACAACUCCUGAUCCACCAAGGGGAGUCAUUAGCCACAUAUCACGAGGAUUCGUGGGCGGAGGUGAAACAAGCUCGGCUAGAAAGCGAAGCUACAGGGCAAUGCUAGCAAUCGAAGGAACCAUACAGCCAAAGAAAGACAAAGACCCAGACGUCACAAUAUCCUUCAACCAAGCAGACUUCAAAUCGGCAAGCCCUAACCUUGACGACCCCGUGGUAAUUUCCAUCCAGGUCGGAGAACUGUUGGUAAGAAAAACAUUGCUGGACCCAGGUAGUAGUACUGAUGUUUUAUUUUAUUCUACGUUUAUAAAGAUGAAAUUAUCAGAAAAAUUGAUACAGCCCUCAUCGGGAGAGCUAAUUGGGUUCUCCGGGGAGAGAGUCCCCAUCAUGGGACACGUAUGGCUAAAAACCACAAUGGGAGAAAUCCCUAUGUCAAAAUCAAUUGAUAUUCAAUACCUAAUAGUAGACUGUUACAGCCCUUACAAUAUUAUAAUUGGAAGACCCGCCCUGAAUAUAUUCAGAGCAGUGGUGUCCACAUUACAUCUGUGUGUUAAGUUUCCAGUGCAGGAAAACAAGAUAGCUACAGUAUACGCCGACCAUCAAGAAGCUCGGCAGUGCUACAAUGCUAGCCUAAAGCUAAUCCGAACAAAACAAGAAGCUCGGACUCAGGUUCAAGCAAUCCACACUUUUGCAGACACAGCGACGCUGGCCGACCUCGACCCAAGGGAAGACCUCGGCAAAAGACCUCGGCCAAUGGACAACCUUAAACAAAUAACGCUAACAGCAAAUGAGAAACAAUGCACAUACAUUGGAGAAGCAUUAGAAGGGGAAGACCGAACAAGACUUAUACACAUACUACGCCAGAACGCCGACCUAUUUGCAUGGACACCAGAUGACAUGCCCGGAAUAAAUCCAGAGGUCAUCUGCCACAAGUUAGCAAUCGACAAAACAGUCCGACCAAUAGCACAGAAAAAAGGAACCUCGGAGAAGAGAAAAGGCAAGCAGCACUUGAAGAGACCAAGAAGCUCCUCAACGCAGGUUUCAUCAGAGAGAUUCGCUUCACCACAUGGUUGUCCAACAUGGUAA